ACCUACUCUAUUGUUCAUCACUUGACAGUUUCUGCAAUCAUUGUUAUUUCAUUAUAAUUCUGCAAUCAAUUAUAUGUAAAUAAAAUAAAAAGAGAAAAAGGCAAUGACCAAGGUCAAAAAAAAAAAAGGCAAAGAAACUAGAAAGAAACGAGGAGUGUGGAUUUGCAUGUAACGUAGAACAAGUAAUGCCAUCUCUCCGUUCUCUCGUAUCUGAUAUCUUACGCCGGCUCUUCUUGUCUUCUUCCCCCGCUCGCCGGUUUCGUCCUUCUCUCUCUUGAGUCUUGAUACCCAAAUUAAUCAUCGCCCCCCAACUUCAUCAACACCAAUCACACCCACACUCGACAGACCCUGCAACCAUGCCUUUAUUCGGUAAUUACAGCUGAGCUCACAUCGAGGUGAUCUCGCCGGAGGUGGGUCUUCCCCUGGGGAAAAAUGUGGCUUUUGUGGUUUCUUGUGUUCUCCGCCUUGGUUUCUUCCCAACCCAUUAAUUCCAACGACUCUGCGUGGCUUCUGACUUUUAAAGACUCUGUUUCUCACGACCCCAACAACCUCCUCUCCGGCUGGAACCCGACCACCCACUUCUGUACCUGGUACGGCGUCACCUGUGAUCCAACUUCUACCAGAGUCGUGGCUCUCAACAUCACAGGGAACGUGGAUUCACUAGCCGGAACGAUUUCCUCCUCCAUCGGGAACUUAACCGAGCUUCGAGUUCUCUCACUCCCUCACCAUGCGUUCUCCGGCGAGAUCCCCUCGACUGUCGAAGAGCUCAAGUCGCUGGAGGUCCUGGAGCUUCAAGGGAACAACUUGUCGGGUAAAAUCCCAGAUGAGAUUAUCCGUAUUCCCUCGCUCAGAGUGCUCAAUUUAUCGUUCAAUUCACUAUCGGGUACCAUACCCAGGACAUUGAUCGGUAACGGAAAGUUGGGAGUAGUUGAUUUGUCGAAUAAUCUACUUUCUGGUGAAGUUAGCAUCGAUGGAUUUGCUAAAUGUGAGUCACUCUCUCACUUAAAGCUCUCUCGCAACUACUUGAUGAAAACCAUUCCACCUGAGAUCGGAAACUGCACCAAUUUAAGGACUCUCUUGCUUGAUGGGAACAUCCUCGAAGGCCAGAUCGCAGGUGAGAUUGGCCGGAUUGUGGAUCUCCGGAUUCUAGACAUUUCUAGAAAUAGUCUCACAGGAGAAAUCCCAAAAGAGUUGGGCAAUUGCAUGAAACUUUCCAUUCUUGUAUUAACCAGGCUGGAUGAUUUUGGUUCUGAUGGACUAUUAAAUGGAACUAGCAGAAGAGAAGAGUUCAAUGCUUUUGAUGGGAGUUUGCCCGAUGAACUGUUGAUGCUUCCCAAUCUACAGAUUUUAUGGGCUUCAAGGGGAGGGAAUAUUGGAGGGAGGUUACCGGAUAGUUGGAGUAGUUUGUGUUCACUGAGAGUACUCAAUUUGGGACAGAAUUACAUUGAUGGUGUGAUUCCAGAGAGCUUGGUGAUGUGCAAGAAUCUUACUUUCUUGGAUUUGAGUUCCAAUAAGCUGGUGGGUAAUCUACCCCAGCAGAUUAGAGUUCCUUGUAUGGUGCAUUUCAAUAUCAGCAGAAACAAUAUAUCCGGUGUUCUUCCUAGUUUUGGAGAGGGUGGUUGUAUUACGGAGCUGAUUUCUUAUGAAGAUGAUCCCAGUUUCCUAUCCAAGGAAGACAUACAGAUUGCAUAUGGGAAUAUUCCAAUUUGGAGUUUUCAGGUGAAUACCCAUUUUGGAUCAUUGAUGGCUAACAGUUCAGUGAUCAUCCAUGAUUUUAGUUGGAAUAAGUUUGUUGGGUUUUUGCCUUUGUUCUCUGUAGGAAAUGAGUUCUUGGCAACUCAGACUAAGCCCAGUUACAGAUUGUUAUUGAACAACAAUGAAUUUAGUGGAAACCUUCCAGGUGCACUAGUUUCGAACUGUAAUGAUCUGCUGAGCUUUUCAGUCAACUUGAAUGGAAAUCACAUAUCAGGUGGGAUUCAUGAGGCUGUGCUUGCUGAUUGUCAGAAGAUAGCAGAGUUUGAAGCAGCAGACAAUCUGAUUGAUGGGUCAUUGGCUCUUGAUGUUGGUCAAUUGAUGAUGCUUCAGCUUCUUGACUUGGGAGGAAAUAGGCUAACAGGAUCUUUGUCUGAGGAGUUGGGGAGAUUGAGAAAUCUGAAAUGGAUUUUUCUCGGAAGGAACAAUUUGGAAGGAGAAAUUCCAUCUCAACUUGGUCAGCUGACCUCUCUAGUGGUUUUGGAUCUGUCUCAUAAUGCUCUAGAGGGUUCAAUCCCUUCACAAUUGACUGAUGCCACCAAACUCGAAAUCAUUUUACUUGAUCACAAUAGGCUCUCUGGGAAGAUACCUUCAUCAUUUUCAUUUCUAUCAAGCGUUACUAUAUUCAAUGUUUCUUACAAUAACCUCUCUGGAUAUAUACCCCAUCUUCGGUCUCAGACUGAUUGCAGUUCGUUCGUGGGGAACAUGUAUUUGGCAUGUUCAUCAGAGCAGCUUACUGAUCAACCAUCUAUGCCUUCCCCUGCACCUAGUAAUGGAACUCCGCAUGCAAAGAGAAAAGUGAAGCCACUCAUUGUUACAGUGGUGUCUUUGACCUCUAUUGUACUCUGUAUAUUGCUAGCUAUAAUUUUGGUUUAUGUUUGCAGAAGUAGAAAGCUUGGUAGUAGGCUCUCCAGCAUUAAAGAGAAAGUGGUAGUAACUUUCGCUGAUGCUCCAAGUGGUCUGAGUUAUGAAAAUGUAGUCAAAGCGACUGGGAAUUUCAGCAUUCGGAACCUGAUUGGAAGAGGAGGCUUUGGAUCUACUUAUAAAGCAGAAUUGAUGCCCGGUUACCUUGUAGCUGUGAAGAGGCUCUCCAUUGGUAGAAUUCAAGGCAUUCAACAAUUUGAUGCAGAGAUCCGAACAUUAGGGAGAGUUCGACACAAGAACCUCGUAACUCUUAUAGGGUAUUAUGUGGGGGACGGUGAAAUGUUCUUGGUUUACAACUAUCUUUCUGGUGGAAACCUUGAGACCUUCAUACAUAAUAGGUCAGGCAUAGAUGUGCAGUGGUCAGAGAUUUAUAAGAUAGCAACUGAUAUAGCUCAGGCUCUUGCUUACCUGCAUUAUUUGUGUGUGCCUCGGAUACUUCAUCGAGAUAUAAAGCCAAGCAACAUCCUGCUGGAUGAGGAGCUUAAUGCCUACCUUUCAGAUUUUGGGUUGGCUAGGCUUUUAGAAGUUUCACAGACCCAUGCUACUACAGAUGUGGCAGGCACAUUUGGUUAUGUGGCUCCAGAGUAUGCAACCACUUGCCGGGUUUCGGAUAAGGCAGAUGUUUAUAGCUUUGGUGUUGUGAUGCUAGAGCUCAUGUCUGGGAAGAAGUCCCUUGAUCCAUCAUUUUCUGAGUAUGGUAAUGGAUUCAAUGUUGUUGCAUGGGCAAGGUUGCUGAUCAAAGAAGGACGUUCUUCCGAGCUCUUCUCUGCACACUUGUGGGAAUCAGGGCCUGAGGAGAAAUUGUUGGGAAUGUUGAAGCUUGCAUUAACCUGCACUCUUGAGACCCUCCCUAUUCGGCCAUCAAUGAAGCUGGUUCUUGAUAAAUUGAAGCAGUUGGAAUCCUAAAAGGAAAAAAGCCCCUCAGUUUUAUGAUGGUUGGUGGAAGGAGAGGCCGCUUCUUGUGUUUACAGCAUAUCCUCUAUCAUUCAGGUGAGGUCUUCGAAGCCUGAAACUCAACCAUGUAUUUUCUAGAAGGCAGUCCGAUAUAGUUUGUGUACUAAUUCACUCGUCUUCACCUACUAAGUAGCACUUGCAUUGUUUGAAUGAUCCA